AUGGGGAUGAGGGGAAGGUUAAAUCGCAAUAGAGUAAAGGUCACAAAUCAGCAAAAUCACCAUUUUACCGCAGGCCUCACAAAGCGACACUCUUGGCACAGCGCGUCCUCUCCUGAUGCGCUGGGAGCCCCGUUGUCUGUUUUAGCUGCUUCAGAAAACAGAAACGUGUGGAGUGGAGAGGAAGGGAAUGACAAAGAACAAGAGGCUUUCAAAGACAGGCUGAAGGAUUUAGGGAGAGAAGAGGCUGUUAAUGGUGAUUCUAAUUUACCUCUGUGUGUAAAACUGGGAAAUGAUGAGUCUCCGGCUUUGCAGAUGGAAGGAGAUGUUGUUAUAGGAGGACUUUUCCGCCUUCACUUUAUGGCUCCAGAGCUACGACACAGCUAUCACAAAAAGCCCCAAAUGAUUGCCUGCAGCGGGUUUGAUCACAGGGCAUUUCGAUGGAUGAUGACUAUGGCGUUUGCUGUGGAGGAAAUUAACAGCAAGUCUGAUCUGUUACCGGGGGUAAAAUUAGGCUACCGGAUCAUGGACAGCUGUGACAGCAUCCACACUAGCUUGCAGGCUUUUUUCUCUUUAGUCAGUUUCUCAAAUGUCGAGACACAUUUAGAAAAUUCUACGUGUUUGUCCGAUUCUCCCAUUCCUGCUAUUGUUGGUCUGGCAUCUUCUUCUCCAUCACGAGCUGUAGCUCAAACUCUUGGCUCAUUUAACAUCCCGCUGGAUGACUACAGUCGCUAUGGGAUCCAAGCAUUCUCUGAUCAGUUUAGAUUACAGGGUGGUUGUGUGGAAUAUCAUCUCACUAUUCCAGCAUCACCCACAACAGAUGAGAUCCAAACAAUGGCUAACACAGUGCAGCGUUCAACUGCACAGGUUGUUGUGGCCUUUUCCAACGAGGGACAACUCCUGGAUUUGUUUUUAGAAUUAACUGUGCCUUUCCAGCUUGCUCAGCAAAAUGUAACAGGAAUCCAGUGGAUAGCGAGUGAAUCCUGGGUAGCUGCAACCCUUCUGACAUCACCACACUUCCACCAUCUGUUAGAGGGAACGCUGGGAUUCACCUUCCCUGGAGUCAGAAUACCUGGAUUAAAAGAGUUCUUACUGAGCGUGAAACCAUCCCCCAAACCUGGGAUGGAAUUUGUCAACAUGUUCUGGGAAGAGCAGUUUGGCUGUAAGCUCAGGUUUGAAGGAGAAAGACUCGGUGAAAAUGGCACUGAUUCUCUGGAUAAUGUCACACCUGUGUGUACAGGGUCAGAAGAUCUGAGUCUCGCUUCCAGCAGUUAUACAGAUGUUUCUAAAGUCAGAAUAUCCUACAAUGUCUAUAAAGCUGUAUUUGCCAUUGCCCACGCUCUGCAUGCUUUACUGAAUUGUGAUUCUGAAGGAGUCAAAAACAGUUCAUGCAACAAAAUGAAACAUUUUACUUCUGAGCAACUGCUGUCUCAUCUAAAGAAAGUCAUUUUUACCAACCAGUUUGAGGAGAGAAUUUAUUUCAACUCCAAUGGGGAGCCAGCACCUCUCUAUGAGAUUGUUAACUGGCAGAAGGACAGCAGUGGUGAAAUCAGGUUUGUCAAAGUAGGAAACUAUGAUGGAUCAGCUGCAAUGGGACAACAGCUAAGAGUUUUGCAGAGCAGGAUCAUAUGGACAGGAGGGGAGUUGCAGGUCCCUACAUCCCAGUGUAGUGCUCCGUGUCCUCCUGGCAGCAGACAGGCCACACGUCCUGGAGAGCCUCACUGCUGCUUUGACUGUUUACCUUGUGCAGAUGGAGAGAUCAGCAACCAGACUGGUUCGACUGAGUGCAUCAAAUGUCCAGAGUUCUUCUGGUCAGACCCAGAUAAAGUCAAAUGUGUUGCAGGGGUUGAAGAAUUCUUGAAUUUCACUGAGACCAUGGGUAUCAUCUUAGUUACCCUCACUCUGCUGGGUGUUAUCAUGACAGUCAUCAUCACUGCCAUCUUUUACCAUUUUCGGACCACACCCAUCGUCAAGGCCAACAACUCAGAAAUCAGCUUCUUGCUGCUCCUGUCCCUCAAGCUCUGUUUCCUGUGUUCCCUGGUGUUCAUUGGCCAGCCGUCUGUGUGGACAUGCAUGUUUCGCCAGGCAGCGUUUGGGAUCAGUUUUGUCAUCUGUCUGUCGUGUCUUCUAAUUAAGACGAUUGUGGUUCUUUUGGCUUUCCGGGCUAAUUUUCCUGGCCUCAAUAGUAAAGGGAUGUUUGGUCCAACUCAGCAAAAAACAUUUAUCUUUUGUACAACUGCCCCUCAGGUAAAAUGAAAAAUGCAUCAGUCGUUCUUCUUGUGCAUCAUGCUCAUAUAGGGUGUGACAAAAAAUACAAAGCCUUUUAAAG